CUAACACCAUUCACUUUCACCUCAGCUGGCUACCUCUUCUAUAUAGAUCCUCAUCACCAACCUCCUAAAUAGCUCAUACCAGAAGAUCAUUCAAGUUCAAACACACAGUCAUCGUUGUUGCUAAAGCAUUUGUACGAAAAAAAAGGAAGGGUUUCACUGUUUCGAUUGGUUUGUGAACUUGUCAAAGGAAGAAGAUAUGGCUCAGACGGUGGGAAGGAACGUAGCAGCUCCAUUGCUGUUUAUCAACUUGAUCAUGUACUUGAUCGUAGUGGGAUUUGCUAGUUGGUGCCUUAACAAGUUCAUCAAUGGCCAGACCAACCACCCAAGUUUUGGAGGAAAUGGUGCAACAAUGUUCUUUCUGAUCUUCUCCAUAUUGGCUGGUGUGAUGGGAAUAGCGUCUAAGUUGGCUGGAGCAGGUCAUCUCAGAGCUUGGAGGAGUGACAGUCUAGCUGCAGCCGGAGUUUCAUCAAUUGUGGCUUGGGCUCUCACUGCACUAGCCUUUGGAUUGGCAUGCAAGCAAAUCAGCAUUGGAGGACACAGGGGAUGGAGGCUGAGGGUUUUGGAGGCUUUUAUAAUAAUCUUGACAUUCACCCAGCUUUUGUAUCUCUUGCUACUUCAUGCUGGUAUCUUCAGCAGCAAGUAUGGUCCGGGUUACCGCGACACCGACUACCCUGCUGCUCCCGGUGUCGAUCCAAUCCCCAAGGGCGGAACUGGAGUCCCUGCUUCUAGGGUGGUCUAAGAAUGCCAUUGCAGUAGGGUCUCGUCCCACAUUAGAUGGAACAACUAUCUUUUAUCGUCUCCCUUUCUUUUCUGGGAGGGGGUUGUAUUUCAUAAUUUGAUGUGGAAUUUCAAGUUUUACUUUGUGGUGUAUAUUUAAUGUAGUUAGUAACCCAGGGGGUGCGUUGGGCAUGUUGUACCAUGUGUGUGAAUUUGGUUUCAGCAGUAUGUGUCCAUCAGUUGUACAAUGUAUGUUCUUCAUUCCGAUUUAAUGCACCGUAGCAUCUUAUGUCA